AUGCUUCGUGGUAAUGCAGCAGUAAGUUCGUCACCUAUGAGUAAUGGAGCAGUGAGAUAUGGUACAAAUACUAACACGCAACAGCAUAGUGGUAGACGAUCAUUUCAAAUGUCAGGUGCUCCACCAGUGUUACCUCAACAUAAUAAUCCACGAACGCAGAUGCAAAAUCGUGCAAAGAAGAGACGCUUUGCCGAUAAACUUUUGCCAGAAAAGGUGCGUUUGUUGGUACCAGAAUCGCAAGCUUAUAUGGAUUUGCUUGCAUUUGAACAAAAGUUGGAUUCAACAAUUGCCAGAAAGAAAAUCGAUUUGCAAGAGUAUUUGAAAAGACCGUCGAAAGUGAAAAGACGAUUACGCAUUUAUAUAUCGCACUCGUUCCUCGGCAGAGAUCCAGAGAGAGAAAGUGAAGAAGGUGUGCCAAUGUGGGAAUUGAGAGUGGAAGGUCGACUUCUAGAUGAACAACCGUUGCCAAGCACUUUAAAUCCUGGCGGAACCAUGCAAAAUAGAGCGCAACAGCCGAAACGCAAAUUUAGCUCAUUUUUCAAAAGUCUUGUUAUUGAACUUGAUAAAGAUAUAUACGGUCCUGAUAACCACUUGGUUGAAUGGCAUCGUACACCACAAACAAACGAAACAGAUGGGUUUCAGGUCAAGAGACCGGGUGAUCGUGAUGUGCGAUGUACAAUUUUGCUGCUUCUCGAUCAUCAACCAAUGAAAUUUAAAUUAAGCCCACGUUUAAGUCGUGUUUUGGGAUUGACUACGGAAACGCGCGCAAAAGUCAUCGAAGCUUUAUGGUUGUAUAUAAGGACGCAUAAGCUACAAGAUCCUGUUGAUCGAGAUAAUAUAAACUGUGAUGCGCAUUUGGAGCAAGUGUUUGCUUGUAAACGAAUAAAAUUCAUGGAAAUCCCACAACGUUUGCAGACUUUGCUUCUUCAACCUGACCCUAUUGUGCUCACUCAUGUUAUCCAAUAUAACGAAAGUAACGAAAAAAAUACUGCUUGUUACGACAUAGAUGUGGAAUUGGAAGAUCCAUUGAAGGCACAAGUAGCAACUUUUCUGCAAAAUCAUUCGAAUAUGCCUGAUAUAGGUGUUUUGGACCAGAAAAUUUACGAUAUUGUGGAACAAAUUAAUGAAUGGAAACUGAGAAGAGAUUUCUACGUUAAAUUUGCAGAAAACCCGGUUGAAUUCAUUAAGAAAUGGCUUAUAUCGCAAAGUACUGAUUUAAAGACAAUGACUGAUGUAGUUGGUGAUAGCGAAAGCGAACGCCGUGCCGAAUUUUAUUAUCAACCACAAAUACAAGAAGCUACUUUCCGCUAUCUUUAUCAGAAAGUACAACAGAAACGUGCAGAACUUGAAAGUACCCUUGGAGUUAAAAAUAAUUAA